UGUGUGUGUGAUGCUGCUAGAAAUGUUUUCUCUCUCUCUGAGUUGUUCAUCGAACACAAUAAUGAAACUGCUCUGGCGCUCGCUACUGUUGGCAUUUCAGCGUGCGAUUUUAUUGCGCUCCCCAACAAGGGAGACCAAAUGAACGGGUUCGAUCGAAUCGCAGUCACCCACCAUCACUACCUAAGGUUUAGCCGUCGCAGGUUAAAGAAGCGACGAUGGACUUUGAAGAAAGCGCCAAUACAGUUCUGCGGAGACUGCCAGAGGUUGAUCAGGAGUACUUGGAUACAGCGUUUCACAAUUACUAUGUCGACUAUGGUGCGCCACCGGAUACAUUGGCCGACCUCUGUGAGGCCACAGAGGGUUCUGGGCCAGAGGCCGUUACUGGUCUACUUGAGGACGUCCGUAAGGUCCUCAUUAGUGCAGUCCGACUCAAAAAAGUCGAGGUGUUUUGGAAUACAGCGAUAGAGCUGGGCCGUUCCGAACGAUAUUUCCUUGGUGUGAUUUACAUGGGAGUAAGCCAGGCAAUGGCAAGCGGCCGGAUCGCGGAUAAAAUUGUUGGACUCCUUAGUUGUCAGAUGUACCUGUCACUUAUGCUAGUUCCAAAGACGGGAGUCAAUUUGUUAUUUCCAUCUCUCCUUCAAAGUUGUCUGUCAAUGUUAUCUUUGCCGGUGAGCAACGGCAACGCAAGUUCGUCUUCUUUCGUUACUCCAAAACGGAACAGAAGUGUGAGCACGGAGUCACGUAGUGUAACUGUUGACGAUGAAGUGUAUCCUAUCGAGACCUUGCAGGACUAUGUGGAACAUAUUACAGAGGCCUUGGAUAGCCUGAGAUUAUUUCUCACCAGCGUAAGUCUUGAGGAACAUGAUGACGUUGUGAGCGCGUUAUGCCAGCAUAUGGCCGUAAUUACAGAAAAUGAGAUGCUCAGCCCUCAAGCAUACGAGGUGCUAGGUGCCCUUUGUGAUCGGGAUGGCCUGCACGGGGACUUGCCAGAACUACUUAAACUCGUCUCCUUUAAGCUCAACGGCAACCUCCUAAUGUUAAAGGCGUCAGUGAAGGACCAGGUUCCUCGAGCGAUGGUAAAGGCUCGUGAUACGAGUUUACGCUUUCUUAUGUGUAUGAGGGACCGGGUGAAAAGUGAUGAGUAUCUCAUUGUCACGAUUCAACAGCUAGCAAUGCGGUCAUUAGAAAAAGCAGACAUUCGCUUCCGGACCGCACAGGGCGUGCUCCAAUUGGUGCUCCAACUUGAGGAAGAAUCCCUUACCCAGACUCUGCACUGGUUUCACAAAAUGAUCCGCUCGAAAAUCCCGCGGCAUCGAAUGUUCACGCUGGAAUUAUUUGGCCAGAUCUGUAGCUUACAAAACACGCCGCAGGCAUUACGGCGACACUUCAGUAAUAUCGCAUUGGCCUCUCUCGAGCGAGUUAUGGAUGAUUUGGCCACAGUGAAAGCUAAAGCAUUUGCUUUCUUUUCUCAACUUACGAACACACCCCAUUGGAUGGAUAACCUCGUGACAAACGAGUGCAGUCACGAAGAUGUUAUCGGUGCAUUGUUAGGCAUCCUAAACGAGUGUGUGAAAGAUUCAAAGGUGCAUGUACGGAAAAGUGCCCUGAACGUGCUAAAUGGAAUUCUCUGUGGCGAUACCGAAUUCGACAAGGGACCUUAUGUUGAUGUGAUUGUUCGAUGUUGUCGUGAUCAGACGAUUCUCGUUCGUAAGCAUGCUCUUGAGUGCCUUUUGAAGGUGUAUCGACGUCAUCCCACCUAUAACAAAGAAUUCGUUUCUGGUGUAUUUCCUCUCACGAUGGACAACGAGCCAUCAGUGCAAGAAAAGGCAUUAGCAUGUGUUCUUGACGUCAUAUUCGACUCAAUACUACCGGGACAUGUGGAAGAUAGCGCAUGGAAUGUCCUUAAACAUCUAGGCACAUAUGAAAGGUAUUUACCUUUGAUAUGUGAGCAGCUAUGCAAGAAAGAAGGGAAGGUUCAGCUGAAUGAUCAGCACAUACGGGCUCUCACUAUGGCUCUCAAGACGGUUAACGCAUCGCUGGCAUGGAAGCUGCUUAGUUAUCUUUGCAACCACACCCACGUCAGCCUGUCCGGAUUCGACGCCUGUGAGGAUCAACUAGACGAUGACGCGCAAUGUUGUCGUUUGAGCGUGCUCUUGACACAGUCCAGGCAAAAAAAAGAAGAUGAACAUUAUUUGGAAUCAUUACUGACGAUACUAAACGAUCCCGCCACAUCAUUUAUGAGACUGGCUCAUGUCUGCUCAAUCCUGCUCCAUUUGGAUCGGUCCCAGCUGGUGCGUUGGGCAGACGUGACUUUCCCGAACUGCCUGGCCGUAAUGGAGCAGGCGGUCGAGGAUGAGACGGAAGAUUCGGUAUCUGAAAACGACUUACUUUCGGCAAUGUUCAAGUCGGGCGAAUGUGUACUAGUUAUACCAAAUCUUGCCGACCUUCGCUUGUGCGCCCUUCUACGAACAAUCGUACAAGAAUCAAAACAACCGCUGGCUGUUCGUCGUAUGGCCCUCCGCGUGCUGGGUCAGAUCUCACUUGUAUCCAUGGACUUAGCUAAGCGGUUAGUAACUCUUAUCGGAGACACUGUAGAUAAUGCACACGAUCUUUCCCUUCGAGUGAUCGGCAUUCGCACCGUUGCCGAUCUAUCAUGCCGUUAUGCCGCACUGACCGAUUCGCUAUUACCGGUCGUCUACUGUUUACUCAAAGACCCGGAGACCGAGGUUCGUCGAGCAGCCAUUACGAAUCUACUGCAACUGCUUAAAGAAGAAUAUAUAAAACUGAGAAAUAAUUUCCUUUACCAUAUGCUUGAGUGCGUUCUCGACGACGACGAGAUGCUACGCGACUUGAGCGAGUUCGGCCUGGACCAGUUCGUGCUCAAGAAAAACCCAAACAUAUUUCUACACAACUUUAUCGACUGCGUGUUUCACCUGAACGCCUACCGCGGCCAUUCACUCUACAACCAGGUGCUGCAAACGCCUCGCGAGAUUGCGACGUUCUCGCUGGUGGGGCAGCCAUUGAAGAGGCAGAUCAUCUACCGUUUCAUGGUCCGUCGCCUGACGGAUGAGCACAAAUUCCUGCUCACGCUCAACAUCUGCAACAACGUUCUCAAGGCGAUUGCUGAUAACGAGACAGCUGUCGACCGCGAAUGCCCAGCGAUUGUGAUCGACCUACUGGAGGUGCUCUGCAUGGACGAAUUACGUCUGCGGGUGACCACUCGAGGUGACGAAGAGGAGGCUGGAACAGAAUUCACUGAAGAUGAAAAUAACGGACUGGCCACCGCUUCAUCGACUCCGGUGAACUCUCGACACACCCGCAAGAAGGAACAGUUUAUUCUGAAUGCCAUCAAGCUCAAAACGAUGAUCGAGUCGAUCCUGCCACCGCUGACCAUGCUCAAGAGCCGUUGCGAAGACAACGAGGAACUUAUGACUGCCUUAAUGUCAUAUCUCAACGUACUUAACCACGAGUACAAGAACGAGCUUAAGUCGCUUCUUGUUGGGAAUUCUGCCUCAGAGUUUUAUAACGAUUUAAAGAAAUUCGAGGCUAGCCGAACGCGACUGGACGACACUGUUACCGGCUCUAUAGCUGCUGAGGAUCCUCAACAAGAGAGCAAAAUGAAGCUCAUUAUGAAAGUGCUUCAAAGCGCACGAAAGCAGCAGCGAGCAAUUCUAAAUCGCGACCAGGAAGAGCAACAAAUAACUAAGCCGUUGCAAACAAAGGCCGGUGCUGCAACGCCAAUGAAGCAGCCUGUGGGCAUCUCUGAGGCUCCUUGCGAGUUGAUAGAUGAAAUUAGCGCGGCCAAAGUAGUUUUCAAGGAUCGACCUACAGCGACUAUUGCAGCUGAAAACGGCCAAGUGGAAGCCAUCCAACAAAAAGCGCCUGACAAUCGGGCGAGGGAUAUUCCGACGACCAAGGAGGCAAAAACAGCCAAAGCCAGCAAGGCUACUAGCCAAGAUCUCGUAGAUACUCGAGCAUUGGAAAAGACGACAGACGACAUCAUGGAAUUGAGCGGAAUCGAGCCUUUGACCGAGGAGUAUGAAGUGGAGUCAGAGCGCCCCCAGUCUAAGAACACCGCCGAGAAUGGCAUUCCGGUUGAAGAAGGGUUUGACACUCAGCAAUCAAAUAGUGAAAACGUGUGGAAUGGGGUUGCGGAUACUGAGGGCAAUGAAAAUAAAAACGUGGAACGCAAAGAUGACAGCGAUUCAGACAGUGGCCCACCCGUUCCUCUCAUAGAUAAUAUUGAGCAGGUUCUGCGGGUCGUAGAAGAGGCGCCGUGUUCAAAACCCACCAUCGUCAAAGCUGUUUCGAAGGUUAUGGUACACAAUGACAACAGUAACGCUAUCGAACAGAACGGAUUCGAUCUGCCGCUUAAUGGGCAUGUCCUCAGUCGGACAAAAGCAAGAAAAAGGCGAUUUAGAGAGAUGGAAGAUGAGCAGAGAGCAGCAGUGAAAAAAGACGUGGUCGAUAAUCAGCAUUGUGCAAAAAAGGUAAAGACAGUACAGGAUUUAUAUUUGGAGAAAGUGGCUACCGAAGGAACGAGCAAGUCACGGAAACGUCGACGAUCGGCGUCAACAACUUCAAGCACAUUCCAAACCCCCCAAGCUUCGCACAAUUCAAAACGGCUGCGUCAGAACCAUAAAAAUGAUAUCACUCUAAAUAACAAUUGCACCGUAGUAGAUAGAGCUGUGAAGAAUAACCGUGAGACACCCAGUUCGAGUGUGCCUUUUACGCCAAGACGUUUGGUAUCAAAACGAUCUAGGAACAUUCGUCCAGAGUCAACACAUUCUGGUCUGCUUCGUUCGCGAUCAACGGCGGGACAGCUCGGCAACCGUCCUUUUCGAUCUGGUUCCGUGGACUCACGACUUUCAUCAACAGUGUCCUCUUUGGUGUCCACACGAUCUUCGGUAAGAGCUCGACCUAAAGCAGCAGCGGCAUCGUCCCUUGAGGCGCGUUGGAAACACGAGUAUAACCUUAUGCCAUGCGAAGUGAUCGUCAUUCGAAACCCAGUUGUGGAGAUAUGCGCCAAAGAGAUGCGAAACACGGGUCAGAGUAUCUUCAGAAUGGUCACCAAUGUUCCUCACCGAGCAGCUCCGGUAGGCUACGGCAACAAUAAAAACAGAAAUAGCAAACCGAACACCAAUAACAAUAGUAGCAAUAGAUCAUAACACAUUGUACGUGCAGGAACGGCGACGGCCAAUUCAACAGACAUUACAGCAUAGAAAAUAAUUGCGUACUAGGAUGACUAUUACACUAACUAACGUCUAAAAGUAUCGGAUUUAUGAAGCUUCAGUAUUUUCAAAGUCUUUGUAAAAGUUGAUGGACAAAUACCUGUGUGACCCUUUGAGAAUACUGCAGUUCUUAAUAGUCGCCGUCUAAUAAAACUGUCCGUCAAAGUAAAGGAAUGAAAUGGUUGCGACAAUCACUGUAAAUAGACAAAUUAAGUAAUUUAAUACGAAGCUCUUUCCUGUGGCAGUCAAACCAAGUAAUACCCGGUGAACCAAUAGUGAAACAUUGUAAUUACAUUUCUUCACAUAUAUAUACAUGUAUAUAUAUAGCCAGCACUGAUACACAAAUACAUUAAGAUACAAAGCAUCUGUCUUUGUAAAGCCAUUGCUAUUUUAUUUAUGUGUACAAAACCAAUGUAAAAACGGAUAAGCAAAUUUGCUUGUAAAAAACGAUCCCGUGUAAAAAAAGAAAAUGACAGGAAUGCACAAAUCCUUGUAA